CUGUUUAACUGCUCUGUUUCACCUCGAAACGCCUUACCUAUAAGGACAUGCUGAUGCAGUAUGCGAUAAGUGGACUGCUUGUGAUAGUGGCGCAGUGUAUCCGGCAGAUCAAUGGAGAGUAUCAGACCAGUCUUACCUUCAACGAUAUUCUGCCGGAGGAUCCGAAGCUCUACGACAAGAUGCGUCCGCCGAAAAAAGAUGGUCAGCCAACGAGCGUCGCCUUCCACGUGACGGUGAUGGGGCUCGAUUCGAUCGACGAGAACUCGAUGACGUAUGCGGCGGACAUCUUCUUCGCCCAGACCUGGAAGGACCACCGGUUGCGGCUGCCGGAGAACAUGACGUCCGAGUACCGGCUGCUGGAGGUGGACUGGCUGAAGAACAUGUGGCGACCGGAUUCGUUCUUCAAGAACGCCAAAUCGGUCACCUUCCAGACGAUGACCAUCCCGAACCACUACAUGUGGCUGUACAAAGACAAAACGAUCCUGUACAUGGUGAAGCUGACGCUUAAGCUAUCCUGUGCGAUGAACUUCCUGAUCUAUCCACACGAUACGCAGGAGUGUAAGCUCCAGAUGGAGAGUUUGUCUCACACGACGGACGACAUGGUGUUUCAGUGGGACGAAGAGGUACCUUUGGUAGUUGAUGAGCACAUUGAGCUGCCACAGCUCGCAUUGGUGAAGAACUACACAGCCGACUGUACGCAGGUAUAUUCGACCGGAAACUUUACCUGCCUGGAAGUGGUGUUUGUCCUGAAGCGACGCCUUGGUUACUACUUGUUCCAUACAUACAUUCCCACCUGCUUGAUCGUCAUAAUGUCGUGGGUAUCGUUCUGGAUCAAACCGGAAGCUGCCCCGGCCCGGGUUACAUUGGGAGUAACAUCCUUGCUGACACUCAGUACACAGCAUGCCAAGUCACAGGCCUCAUUGCCACCGGUCUCCUACCUGAAGGCGGUGGACGCGUUCAUGUCCGUCUGCACGGUGUUUGUGUUUAUGGCACUGAUGGAGUACUGUCUGGUCAAUAUCGUGCUGGGUGACUCGGAUCCGCCCACUCCGCCGAAGCCCCAUCCGCCGAAGAUAGACAAAUUUUUCGACUUCAACGCCAAAAACGGAAAACGCAACAGCAAGUCACACGAGCAUCCACAUGACGUUCCGAUUACCACGUUCCAGCGGCAGGAGAGCACACUACUGCUGUCCCCCGUGCCGCAUAUACAGACAAUUCCACCUCCACCUUGCAAGCCGGCCUCGGCCAUACCGAAGCUGACUCCGGCACAGAUGCGCCUGAAGCGCGCGAUCAACAUCGAUCGUUUUUCGCGAGUCUUUUUCCCGUUUCUAUUUACCCUGCUCAACGUCACGUACUGGAUUAUGUUCUAUGAAUGGAAAGAUAUUGAGAUUUCAGAUGAUGAAGAUGACACGCAUCCCAACAUCGAUACACCGUCGCUUUUCCGUUGGCGGCAUCAGGCUCGCGUCGAGCGGAUGGAAGAGCAAGAGAAGCGCAAAUCAUCAUUGGAAAACACGAAGAAAUCCCUUUCCCAGAAGCUGCAGGAAACAAAGGGCAAACUGCAACGGAACGACGGCAACCUGAACGAACUGAAGAAGGCCAUCGAGGACAUGGAAAGGGAACAAGAGCGCCUACGGCAGGAAGAGGAAGAUCUGCGCAAAAAGGAAAAGAUGCAACCGUGGAACGUGGAUACCAUCAGCAAGCCCGGAUUUGCCAAAACCGUGAUCAACAAGAGUGCGAUUAACAAGAAGUCGAAUGAACUGAGUGACGAGCAGAAGGAGUUGAAUUUGCGCGAUUUCAUCAAAAAGUACGAAAAGCAGUUGAAACAGUACGGCAUGAUGCAGAAGUACGACGAUUCGAAGAAGUACCUGCAGGACAACCAUGUACUUGUGUGUGAGGAUACGGCCAACUAUCUGGUUAUCUGGUGCAUUGAGCUGGAGAUGCAGGAAAAGCACGAACUGAUGGCCCAUGUUGCCCAUCAGUGCAUCUGCAUGCAGUACAUCCUGGACAUUUCGAAGCAGCUGGACGUGGACCCGCGAGCCUGCGUGGCAUCAUUCUUCCAACGCAUCCAAGAGGCCGAAGCCGAAUACAAGAAGCAGUUUCUCAACGAGAUCGAAGCGUUCAAGGAGCGUAUCCGCAAGCGGGCGCAGGAAAAGCUAGAGAAACUCCUCAAGGAGCAGGAGGAAGAGGAGCGUCAAGCGAGACUCGGUCCGGGCGGGUUGGAUCCGGUUGAGGUGUUCGAAUCGCUGCCCGAAGAGCUACAGAAGUGCUUCGAAGUGCGGGACAUCGGAAUGCUGCAGGAAGCGAUGGCCAAGUUGCCCCCGGAAGAAGCGCGUCGUCAUUUGCAGCGGUGCGUGGAUUCGGGUUUGUGGGUGCCUGAUGCCAAGACUGCGGCCGCUGCCACAUCGGGAAGUGGCUCUGGGGGAGCGACCACCGAGGAGGAACCCAUUUACGUGGAAGCAAAGGGCACGAGCGAAACUACGGAAGAUGCUGCCACGGAAGAGGAAGGUUCGAUCCGUGAACCGAAACGUAACCGAAAUGUGUUUCUCGACGUCAAACCAUUGCCGGAGGAUAACGCGACGGUCCAUGUAUCCGGACGGCCGCACCGGUUGAAUGCGAAUGGGUUCAACAACCGGGUUGGAUUUCCCCCGCUUACGCCGAAAGAGGCGUUCGUUGAACAACCCAAUGUGUCUCCUUCUAACAUGGUAUACGAAAGCUCAAAACCGAUCUACCUGUUACUCCGCGCGUUGGGCGUUUUUCCCUACACGCGCCGUCGGGACGGAGAGACGGAGUUUAUCCUUGCCUCACCAGCGAUGGCGUACUGUGUGGCAUUUUUCCUACUGCUAACCAUCUACAUCGUGUUCAUCGCCCUCAACCGGAUCGAGAUCGUGCGUACGCUCGAGGGACGCUUCGAAGAGUCGGUCAUUGCGUAUCUGUUCAUCGUGAACAUCCUGCCGAUCCUGAUCAUUCCGCUGAUGUGGUACGAAACGCGUAAGGUUGCCUCGGUCGUGAACGGGUGGGUUGACUUCGAGGUCGCGUACCGUAAGACGUCCGGUCGGGCCCUAGAGCUGCGCCUCCGUACCAAGGCACUGCUGGUGGCGGUUCUUCUGCCCAUCCUGUGUUCGCUCUCGGUCGCGAUCACGCACGUAACGAUGGUCCACUUUCAGCUGCUCCAGGUCAUCCCGUACUGCGUGCUCGAUACGAUCACCUACAUGAUGGGUGGCUAUUGGUAUCUGACCUGCGAGACGCUCAGUGCUACGGCGAAGAUACUGGCGGAAGACUUUCAGCGUGCGCUCCGACACGUUGGUCCGGCGGCUAAGGUGUCCGAGUAUCGCUCGCUGUGGCUGCGAUUGAGCAAGCUGGCCCGAGACACCGGUUUCUCCACCUGCUACACCUUUACCUUCAUCUGCCUAUACUUGUUCUUCAUCAUCACGCUGUCGAUCUACGGGCUGAUGUCACAGAUAUCGGACGGGUUCGGCGUGAAGGAUAUCGGGCUGGCCGUGACAGCGUUCUGUAGUGUCGGGCUGCUGUUCUACAUCUGCGACGAAGCGCACUAUGCAUCGUUCAACGUGCGUACCAACUUUCAGAAGAAGCUGCUCAUGGUCGAGCUGAGCUGGAUGAACACGGAUGCGCAAACGGAGAUCAAUAUGUUCCUGCGGGCGACCGAGAUGAACCCGUCCAGCAUCAAUUUGGGUGGAUUUUUCGACGUCAAUCGAACCCUUUUCAAAUCGCUGCUGGCGACAAUGGUUACCUACUUGGUAGUGUUGCUCCAGUUCCAAAUCAGCAUUCCGGACGAACCAAGCGCUAUGCUGAUGUAUCAUAACUCGAGUCAUUCGUAA